AUGGACGAGCCAUUCCCGGAUGUCACACGCUAUCACCGGCUUGUAGGUAAGUUAAUAUAUCUUACCAUCACGCGACCUGACAUAUGCUAUGCUGUGAACCAGGUUAGUCAGCACAUGAAGGCUCCAAGCAAGUACCAAGGGAUCAUGGUCGAAGGAAUUCUAAGCUAUCUCAAAGGCAGUCCGGGUCAAGGCAUUUGGAUGGGCAAGAAUGAUAAUACUGAACUAGUAGGCUAUUGUGAUGCGGACUACAAUGGGGAUACUUUGGAUAGGAGGUCAACCACUGGAUAUUGUACCUUCAUCGGUGGGAACCUAGUUACAUGGAAGUCAAAGAAGCAGAAGGUGGUAUCUUGCUCAAGCGCCGAAGCCGAGUAUCGAGCAAUGAGGAAGCUAACCAACGAAUUGACUUGGUUGAAGGGGCUUCUCAAGGAUCUUGGUAUUGACUCAAAACAACCGAUUACGAUACAUUGUGACAAUGAGGCUGCAAUUCACAUAGCCACCAACUCUGUCUUCCAUGAGAGAACCAAGCACAUUGAAAGUGAUUGCCACAAAGUUAGGGAGAAGAUUGAGGAAGGAGUUAUACUACCGUGUCACACUCGGAGUCAAGAUCAGUUGGCCGAUAUCUUCACCAAAUCUACAAGUCUUAAGGUUUGUGACUACAUUCAUACCAAACUUGGGCUUGUAGACAUUACAAGACCUUGA